AGAUGAUGCUAGUAUGCUACAAUACAAUAUCAAUAAAAAAAAUAGUAAAAGUAAAAAAAUACCAAAUAAAAAAUGACUAGAUGCAAGGCAGCCCACAACUUGUGAAUUGUUAAAAAGAUUGACUUAUUUCUCCCAACCGAUCAUCAUUCUCUCCUCCAUUGUUGACUUUCCCUCCCUCUCUAUUUUUCCUCCUCACUCUCUCUCUACAUAAAAAUCAAAGACCCAAUCGGCUGACCACACGGUCCACGCCACUUUCUCCGAUCUUUCAUCUCCUCAUCUACCUCAGCCGCUUUUCAUAAAUGCCCUUUCCUUUUCUGCCGAACCUUCUGAAACAUCACCCAAUCGAGUGAUUAGUCACAAAACAAUUAAUUCCCAUGGAUGGAUCGCCCUACUCUUCCUCUUCCUCCGACACCUCGUCGCCGUUCUCCUCGUCCAGCUCGUCGCCGGCGAAGCCCGCCUCCUCUCCGGCGGUCCUCUCCAUCGAGUGCCUGAAAGGCAGCUCGCGCGGCGGCGAGUGGUCCGGCGACAUGCUCCAGACCGGUGACGUGGUGGAGGAGCUGCGGAUCGGGAACGUGGUCAUGAAAUCGCCCUUCAGAAACGGCAAAUCGGGGGUCCAAAAGAUCCUCCACGGCUCGUACAAGAACAAGGAGACGUCGAUCCGGGUCCGGGUCAGGCGGGGCUCCGACGAAUUUGCGGAGCUCCAGGCGUGCAUCGUGCCAGGGGACCAGUUCCUCGGCCGGAAGCAGUAUGUACUGCGGGCGAUUGACGACCCGAAUUACGCCGUCGGGUUCGUGGACCGGACGGAGGCCGAGUGCUUCAAGUUGCAAGCUUCUAGAAGCAUACGAAUGGUGAGUGCACUGGAGAGGGCUCCACUCCAGGAUGGGUACGUCUCAUACCCAUGGGAGCGUAAGAUGCACGAGAUGCUUGCCAUUCCCAGCUCAAGCAGCUUCUACUCCGUCCUCUUCUUGCCCAAGUCCUCCGACAAGGCCGGGACACGCUAUAACGACCUCGAGGACACACUUGCGCGGGCCCACGCUUGGAUCAACGCCUCCCAGGAAUCGGGAGCACCUGUAGUCUUCAUGAGCGCUCAUUGGCCGACUUGUCCAACAUCGCAAACACGAGCUUACUACCACGGUGUCGACAUUGGAGUCGUGAGAGCUGUUCGCCUCUGGUUCUCGCCUCUCGCGGGCGAGAUCCCCGUCCACAUCACCAUCAAAGACUCUGACACAAAACUCGGCUUCGCAAUCAGCCGAACGGCAGAGGGAUUCAUCUACAUAUCGUCUGUCACGCGAGGGGACGUGGACGGGCCAUCAGCCCGUUCGGGCCUGAGCCACCUGCACGAGCAGGCAGUUCGAAGCUCGCGCCUGCUGAUAGUGUCCCGGAUAUCGAACCAGAAGGUGCUCCCGUGGAUGGUCUCCACAGCUGGCGCAAUCAGGUGUUUCGACACAGUCUCCCUCAGCCAGAAACUUUCAUUGCACCGCCACACGCGGGUCCCAGUCGUCCUCCACGUUUUCCUCUGGGAUAGGAACGUGAGCCUCGCGGCAGAUGCUGACCGCGGGCUUGGAGCCCGGCCCACUUCUGCAGGCCCGUGUUUUUCAAGGGAUGAUGUUGGUUUGGGGACAGAUACGAAUGGGAGUCUGGAGAGUCGGGAGAUGGAGGGGGACUCGUCGGUCGAGAGUCGGGAGAGUGAUAGUGGAGUGGAGCUUAGGUUAGAUAGGGACACGGCUGGGGAGUUUUCCUUCCGUUUUCGUGAUUUUGCCAUUAAGAAUAACUGGGUGUGAUUUAGUUAAAUUUUUUUUUUAUUUUUUUAUUUUUUCUGGGUUGUU